CCCAAGCCCAAGGAAGGAGAUCGAGCAUGAGCGCGCUGCUGCUGGGCACGGAGCCCGUGACUGAGGUGAAGCUGCACCCCGUGGUGGUGCUGCAGGUGCUGGACCGCGCGCUGCGCCGCGCCGAGGGCCAGAAGCGCGUGAUCGGCACGCUGCUGGGCCGCGUGGAGGGCGGCGUGGCCGAGGUGAGCGGCUCGUUCGCCGUGCCGCACCUGGAGAACGGCGACGAGGUGGCCGUGGGCCGCGACUUCCACACGCACAUGUACGAGCUGCACCAGCGCGUGAACGAGGGCGAGGUGGUCGUGGGCUGGUACGCGGCCGGCCCGGGCCAGCUGGACGACCACUCGGCGCUCAUCCACCAGUUCUACAGCUCGGUCUGCGAGCUGCCCGUGCACCUCGUGCUGGACACGAGCCUGCAGGGCGACAAGCUGGACGUGGCGGCCUUCGUCAGCGCGCCGCUCGAGGUCGUGGACACGGCGCUCGUCAACCAGUUCAAGCAGAUCCCCGUCACGCAGAAGGUGUCGGAGCCCGAGGCCAUCGCGCUCAACGCCAUGGCCCCCAAGGACGCCGAGGCCAAGGCCGCGGCCCUGCCCAAGGAGCUCGAGGCCCUGGAGGAGACCAUGGAGCAGCUGUACAAGGUCAUCGACGGCGCCAGCUCCUUCGUGGGCGACGUCGUUGCGGGCAAGCAGACGGCGGACGCCAAGCUCGGCCGCGAGAUCGCCGACGCGCUGGCCGCCAUCCCCAUGCUGCGCGAGGAGCAGUUCGACCAGCUCUUCAACACGGGUCUGCAGGACCUGCUCAUGGUGUCGUACCUGUCGGGCCUCACGCAGGCGCAGCUGUCCAUGGCCGAGAAGCUCAUCAACACCUAAAUUUGUGGAUAAUCUCUCUCGGACUGGACCUGUCUCGGUAGUUUUAGUAAGGCGCGAACAGGUUGCUGCGUUGUGCUUUUGAUUCU